AUUUACAUUGUGAUUUUAACUAAGUUAGAUGAAGAGUAUCAUCUGAUGUUCCAUCCUUGAACUGCUACCUUGUUAUAUCCUGAAAGUAUCAUCUGGGUUCUGAAAAAGAAAAUUCUAUCACUAAAUAUUAUCAGAAAUGCAGUAUGAAGUUAGAAUCGUUAUACCGUACUAAGUAGGAAUUUUCUGUAAUGGGGAUGCUUUUUUUUUUUUUUUUUUUUCCUUUUCCCUAUUGGUAACUCCCUAGAUAUGACUCCCCUGGCCAAAUCUUAUAUCAUAUUGUUGCAUCAGUAUUGAUAAGCAUUUAAUCAAUUAUUGUUAAUAUACUCUCAUUUAAAAGAAUGAAUCAGUCAGUUUCUUUUUUAUCUAAAUAUGGUGAUCUAUAUUGAGGCAGGCUGCAGGGAAAAUGCUGCUAAGAAGUCAUCAUUAAAAGGGAAGUUGACUACCUCUUCCAGCUUCUAUUGGUCUAAUUUCAUGCUGCAUCAAAGUCUUAUCCCCCUUGCAAAUCAAACAAAAAAGAAAAUUAAAUUAUAAAGAAGGAAUUAGGCGGCAUAAUUUAUUAAGUAAUCUCAGUUUUUUUUUUUCAAUAAUUUGGUUGAAGCUUUGGAAGCUUCUGCUGACUCUAUCAAUGAGAACAAAUAUCCUCCACUGCUUCCAUUCUGCCCUGGAUAUUUGAGUUAUAUAUAGUUUUGUAUUAUAAAUUUAGCUAUGCGAUGUCCAUAAGAAGCCUACAUCAUACUGAUGCUGAUUAGCUUUUUGGUUACAUUUGAUUGCUCUCCAUGAAAAGAUUGUCUCAAAUGUAGAUGAACUGAUAGGUAAAUCUGAUACAAAACAUUUGGUAACCGUUGGUUCAAGCCUUCAUUUAUUUGAUGUUCUUCUUCAUCUUUGUAUCUUCUGCAGAAAGGCAGCUGUAUAUCAGAGAGCUGGAGGCAUGGAUUGUUAUGGAUUUAUUUACUCAUUUAUCUUUGUGAUGCUUUUUUUCCACGCAGGGGCAUUUGACCCAUUGGAUCCAACUGGUAACAUAACAAUCAAAUGGGACCUUUUAUCAUGGACUCCGGAUGGUUAUGUGGCAGUGGUGACAAUGACCAACUUCCAAAUGUAUCGGCACAUAACUAGUCCUGGCUGGACAAUAGGAUGGACAUGGGCUAAGAAAGAAGUGAUAUGGUCUAUGGUGGGAGCUCAAGCCACUGAUCAAGGAGAUUGUUCCAGGUUCAGAAUUAAUAUUCCACACUGUUGUAAGAGGAAUCCUACUGUCGUUGACUUGCUUCCUGGAGUGCCUUAUAACCAACAGAUUGCCAAUUGCUGCAAAGCUGGUGUGUUGUCAUCUCUGGGACAAGAUCCUUCAACUUCAGUUUCUGCCUUCCAGCUUAGUGUUGGACUUUCUGGCACUACUAAUAAAACAGUAAGAUUGCCUAAGAACUUUACUUUGCUCGGUCAGGCACGUGGCUACACUUGCAGCCAAGCAACAAUUGUUAAUCCCUCAGUUUUUCUGUCAUCCGACGGUCGCCGAAAAACUCACGCAAUGAUGACAUGGAACGUAACCUGCACUUACUCGCAAAUGCUGGCUUCUCCGGACCCAACCUGCUGUGUAUCAAUGUCAUCUUUUUAUAACUCUACAAUCGUUUCUUGUCCAGCAUGUUCUUGUGGCUGCCAGAACAAGAACAAUUGCGUGGAGAGCAAUUCGAACAUUUUAAGCAUUGCAGGAGUAAACACACCAACAACAGAUAACACCCUAUUAUUGCUGUGCACACAACAUAUGUGUCCGGUCAGGGUGCACUGGCAUGUAAAGCUUAACUACAAGGAUUACUGGCGAGUGAAGAUUGCUAUCACUAAUUUCAACUACGGUGUAAAUUAUACGCAAUGGACUCUCGUUGUUCAGCAUCCAAAUCUCAACAAUGUCACUCAAGUUUUUAGCUUUGACUACACACCAGUGCUCCCAUAUCCAUCCACAAAUGACUCAGGUAUGUUUUAUGGGAUAAAAUUCUACAAUGAUGUACUGAUGGAAGCCGGACCGGAUGGAAAUGUGCAAUCGGAGUUGAUUCUGAAGAAGGAUAUGAACACAUUUACAUUUCACCAAGGUUGGGCUUUUCCUAGGAAAGUAUACUUCAAUGGAGAUGAAUGCGUGAUGCCCCCUCCUGAUGAAUACCCGUAUCUACCAAAUUCUGCUCCUGCAAAUUGGCUUGCACUGUCAAGUCUCAUGCCUGCAAUUUUGCUUGUGGUGAUCAUUCGAUUACAAUUAUAGAUCGAAAAAGGGUCAGGUAUGUAACUAAAUAUCUAUGCUCAGGAAAUGAGAAAAGUGAAGGCACUGUAAACAGGAAGGGGGAAAUUCUUUACAGACAAAAUGCACAAAGCCAAUGUAGAGAGAAAUCUCUUCUGUUAAGACUACUUUAAAAGAAAAAGGAUAAUUAAAAAUCUUUUCUCUUC